UAUAAAACUCGGUGGUUGAUUAUGCUAUUUUAGCUAAAGAAGUUUACAACAAAAUUUCAACUGCGGUAUUUGGAAAAUGGGGGAGUUGAGUGAGGGCCUUACACAAGUUCUGAUACCUGUGGCAGCAUUAAUUGGAAUUGGAUUUGCUUUGCUUCAAUGGUUCUUGGUCUCAAAGGUCAGAGUGUCUGCUGUUGCUGAUCACAAUGGCAGGGACAAUGGGCACAAAAGCAGCUUACUAGGAGAUGCAGAGUUGGAGAAUGGUGUCCGGGUUCCUGAAGUUACUGCUAAGUGUGCCGAAAUUCAGCAUGCCAUUUCUGUUGGUGCUACUUCGUUUCUCUUUACUGAGUAUAGGUACCUGACUAUCUUCAUGGGAGUAUUUGGUGUAAUAAUUUUUCUGUUUCUGGGCUCUGUGAAGGGCUUUAGUACCAAAAGCGAACCUUGCACCUACAAUGAAGGCAAUCUUUGUAAACCAGCACUUGCCAAUGCUGUGUUUAGCACUAUAGCUUUCUUGCUUGGUGCCAUUACCUCUGUCCUUUCUGGCUUUCUUGGGAUGAAGAUUGCUACCUAUGCCAAUGCUAGAACAACUCUUGAAGCAAGAAAGGGAAUAGGAAAGGCCUUUGUUAUUGCUUUCCGCUCUGGUGCGGUGAUGGGGUUUCUUCUUGCUGCAAAUGGCCUGUUGGUGCUAUAUGUUGCCAUCAAUUUAUUCAAACUGUAUUAUGGGGAUGACUGGGAGGGACUUUACGAGUCUAUUACUGGCUACGGGCUUGGAGGUUCAUCAAUGGCGCUCUUUGGAAGAGUUGGAGGAGGCAUAUACACCAAGGCAGCUGAUGUUGGUGCUGACCUUGUGGGAAAAGUUGAACAGAAUAUCCCUGAAGAUGAUCCACGCAACCCAGCUGUUAUUGCUGACAAUGUGGGAGACAAUGUUGGAGAUAUCGCAGGUAUGGGUUCUGACUUAUUCGGGUCCUAUGCAGAAUCAUCCUGUGCAGCUCUAUUUGUUGCAUCCAUAUCAUCUUUUGGACUGAAUCAUGACUACACAGCCAUGUCAUAUCCUCUCAUCAUAAGCUCAAUGGGAAUUGUGGUUUGCAUGAUUACAACUCUUUUUGCAACUGAUAUAUUCGAAAUAAAAUACGAGAACCAAAUAGAACCAUCCUUGAAACGUCAACUUCUUAUCUCUACUGUAUUAAUGACCGUUGGUAUUGCCAUAGUCAGCUUCUUUGCUUUGCCAUCAGAGUUCACUCUUUAUAACUUUGGCGGCAGCAAGGUUGUCAAGAACUGGCACCUUUUCUUCUGUGUUGCCAUUGGCUUGUGGGCUGGACUUGUAAUCGGGUACAUUACUGAGUAUUUCACUAGCAAUGCUUACAGUCCGGUGCAAGACGUAGCAGAUUCCUGCAGGACAGGAGCUGCAACAAAUGUUAUUUUUGGAUUGGCGCUGGGAUAUAAGUCGGUCAUAAUUCCCAUAUUUGCUAUUGCAGUUGCUAUUUAUGUAAGCUUCAGCCUUGCAGCCAUGUAUGGAAUUGCUGUUGCAGCACUUGGAAUGCUGAGUACUAUUGCCACUGGUCUUGCCAUUGAUGCGUAUGGCCCCAUCAGUGAUAAUGCUGGAGGCAUUGCGGAAAUGGCUGGAUUGAGACAUGAGAUACGAGAAAGAACAGAUGCUCUGGAUGCUGCAGGAAACACCACUGCUGCCAUAGGCAAGGGUUUUGCUAUUGGAUCAGCUGCACUUGUGUCUCUUGCAUUAUUUGGUGCUUAUGUGAGCAGGGCAGGCAUAAAAACAGUGAACGUUAUGACCCCAAAAGUAUUUAUUGGUUUGAUUGUGGGAGCAAUGCUUCCUUAUUGGUUUUCAGCGAUGACAAUGAAGAGUGUUGGGAGUGCGGCUCUCAAAAUGGUUGAAGAAGUUCGCAGGCAAUUCAAUACUAUUCCUGGUCUCCUAGAAGGAACAGGAAAACCAGAUUACGCAAAUUGUGUAAAGAUUUCUACCGAUGCCUCAUUGAGGGAGAUGAUCCCACCCGGUGCACUGGUUUUGCUUGCUCCACUUAUUGCCGGAACAUUGUUCGGAGUGGAAACACUUGCUGGGGUACUUGCUGGCUCUCUUGUUUCCGGAGUGCAGGUGGCAAUUUCAGCUUCAAACACUGGUGGGGCAUGGGAUAAUGCUAAGAAGUACAUCGAGGCUGGUAUUACCGAGCAUGCUGUGUCACUGGGGCCAAAGGGAUCAGAUGCUCACAAGGCUGCGGUUAUAGGUGACACUGUUGGAGACCCUCUCAAAGACACUUCGGGUCCCUCACUCAACAUCUUGAUAAAGUUGAUGGCAGUGGAAUCAUUGGUAUUUGCUCCAUUCUUCGCAGCUCAUGGAGGCUUAAUUUUCAAGUUAUUCUGAUUUCUCUCUUCUUGCAGUCAACUAAACCCGGUUUGUGCAUAUUUGUUCAGCAUCAUGUAGUGCAGUGGAGCUAUGAGAUUGAUAGUGUUUUGCCUUCGUUAGUACAGUAUAGUAUUACAUUAUGUAACUUUCAUUAGGCCAAUUUUAUUCCAGUAAAUCAGCAAUAAAAUUUACAUGAUGUAACUUGAGUGUCAUGAAAUUUAGAUGUCAUUGUUAA